AUGUCUAAUCGUCACAAAAUCAUUGUUGGUAUUGCUGUUUCGUCGGGUCUCGUUGCUGGUUUAGCAUUUUAUAUUUAUCUAAGACGUCGUCAACGAUUUGGUUCAUCAUCGGGAGCAACACCCGAUCACCCAUCGCGUAAACCGGCCUCAUUAAUACCGAAUUUUACUCGUCGACGGGGAUAUGAUGAAAUAACAGUGUCAGAUGACGAUAAUGAACAAGACGAAACAGAACCUACUGUACGAUUUAAAAGUGACGGUGCAAAUGUCGAAGUUCAAAUACCCGGUGGUGGGGUCCCACUUUCACCAGAUCAGGCUAGAAUCUUGACUCGCUUUCUUUACGAUGCGGAUGUUAAUGAUUUACACAAAGCGUUAACAAACAUUUCCAAUGCUGCAACAUUCAGAGAAAGUCAAAUAAAUCUUACAAAUGCUGGAUGCAUUGUACGACUACGUGAAUUGUUAUAUGCUGAAAAUGAAACAACGCAAUAUAAAGCGUUAUUAGCGUUAAACAAUCUGUCACUAAACGAGUUUUCCAUAAUACAAUUUACAAAUGUCGUACCACGCGUGAUCGAAUUAUAUCAGACGACAGCGUCACCAUCCGUACGUUUAUAUUCAUUGUAUUUACUAGUAAAUUUAUCUGUAUUGGACAAUCAUCACGAAGAAUAUUUUGAAAAUUUAAAUGAUCUGAUAUCAAUCGUAUCAUCAACAUUGAAACCAUCAACAGUAACUGGAGAUGGAAAAUCUAAACAGCAGAUGAAUGAUGAAGCACUUCAAGCAGCCAAAAUAUUAGUUAAUUUAUCGGCUAAUAGGAAAAAUCUUUCAUCUUUAUUACAAACAACUAAUAUUGAAUUAAAACAGAUUAUUGAGUCAUGUUCACCAACGAAUUCUUUCACACAAGAUACGAUAAACGAAGAUAUAUUGUUACGUUAUUUCACAUUCUACUGUAAUGUAGCUGAUGCAAUCAUUGACCAAUUGGAUAAAGGAAUUGCACUAGAUAAAGACUCAUAUCCAAACGGCUCUUUAUAUCAUGAAUUUUUUGAUCAUGAUAAACAAGUAUCAUCCAGAUUUCUGUUACGUCCUGUUAGAAAUUCUAAUGAAUUAAACGUAUUGACAAAACGUUUAAAGCAAGCAUAUGAUACAAUUCGACAUAAACAAUUUGAUUCUUCGGUCUCAUCAUUACAUGAUGAACUUAACGCCGAUAAAGAACCAAUAUCAAAAACAAAUAAUAGUAACAUAGAAGAUUAUACAUCGCAAUCGAAUGUUUAUGUAGCUUCACCACCAUUUACGGCGGUUAACUACGGUACUGCUGAUCCUAUUUUCCAAGAGCAAUUGCAGCAAACAAACAAUUUUGAUCGGAAAGAGAUAGAUGAUGAAUUUGAUAAGCAAGAUAGUUUGACCGAAAAUUCUUUAAACCCCACCGAUGAAGCAACCAGGUCAACAUCAAAUCAUUCAUUAGCCAGUUUUCGUUCAGCCCAUUCAACUGAACUUUCUCCAUCGACACAGUCGAUUCAUACACAGCAGAGCGUUAAUGGUGAACAGCCAUCAAUGUAUCUCUCCCCGCUGCAAAGUCCUGAAAAAAACUAA